GUUUCUUUCUGAUCCCCGGGUGGGGAUUUGGCCCUUUCUGGCCGGGGGUCCCUCUCUGCAUCAUCCCCAGUCUGAGCUGCUAAUCCCCGGUCGGGGAAUUGGUAUUUGUGGCUGGCCAUUUUGUGCUAUCCAGCCCUCCUUGCUUCCACGAGGUGUGCUCAUCUUUAAACUUCGAUGAGAAUCACUUUGGUCACUCUUGAGGCUUGCAUCAGUGGUGAUCUGGAAUAUCUUAUAUUUUUCAUCCUCGUAAAAGAAUGAGAUGGUGCUUUUGCGAGAGUCUCAGUCUGAAUCGGUGAAUUUGCACCUAAUACAUCUUUUCACCGUAGCUGAUCAAUCACAAUCAUCGGUGGCCUAUCUAGCCAUACUACUGUUAAAUCGUUCAUCACCGUACGGUUUGUUGUCAAUCACAUACGGAAUAAGAAGGCUCUAUUGUGGUUGCGUGAAUAAGAACUUCGAAGGUCUUUCCAGAUUUCUCUUGCAUGUUGUCGUCUUCGAAAUUCACUCUUCAAAACACAAGGUAUCUCGGCGAAACACCAUCGAAUAUGGGACACACACCGCCUCCAUAGCCAUCGGUCGUAGCUAGC